AUGGAGAAGUGCGGCAAGAUCUUCAUCAGCGUCGUCCUGCUUAUUGCGGCCGUGGAAAUCUGCUUGGCUCAACACUGGUCUUAUGGACUACAACCAGGAGGGAAAAGGAACGCCGAAAACCUGGCAGAAUCAUUCCAAGAGAUUGAAAACAGAAUGGAAAAACUGGAGGAAAUGCAGAAGACUGAAUGCCCAGGCCCCUCUGAGCACRCCAAGUUUCGUGACCUGCAGGAAGCCCUGGCAAGUCUGAUGGAAGGAGAAGCUGGCAGGAAGAAAAUUUAAACCCAAGAACUCCGAGUAAAAUUUGAAGACAACGUUAAAAASAAUUCCUCCUCAGCUGACCUCUGCUUAGACUGUAUUUUGUGAAUAAAUAUUCUGAAGUUACAUGUAAAUUGUGGAAAAUACUGUUGUGUAGGACAGUAGUUUGUAAGUAAAGGGAACGCAGUCUCCAAAUACAGUAACACAAGUAAGAAAGGUUU